AUGUUUCUCCUCAGACGCGCCGCCGUGCGCGCAGUGUCACAAGGAGCAUCUCGCCAACUAUCAACCCUCUGGCCAUUGAACGCAGCCCGUAUCGCCCGCCUGGAGACCUCCAAACCCAUACUCAGCAGAUCAUUCCAUCAAAGCCGGGUAUGGCGCGCCGAGGAGGACAAGAAAGAGGUGGAGGAAGCGAAGGAUGAGUCGACAGCCGCAGCUCAGGAGGCCGAAGAGGCUGCAAAGGCUGCACAGCAAGCCGCCGAUGAUGCUGUUGUAGAGGCGGCAGCGUCAAAGGCACCAGCAGCUGAACCUGCCGUACAGGAAGCGCAGGAGGUUGCUGAGGGCGAGUCCUCAAUAGCUGAAGAGGCUGCUGAGAAAGCUGCCGCUGCGGCGUCAACAGCACAGUCAACUGGUCCUCCAGAGCCACCACAACCAGCUGCUGCUGCGCCUCCUUCAUUCCCCAACGACUUCCAGGACAAUGCUCAAGGCGGCUCGAGCUUUGGGACUCCCGCACCAUCUCGCAUCCUCUACAUCGGCAACCUGUUCUUCGAAGUCACUGCAGCUCAACUCGAGGCGGAGUUUGGCAAGUUCGGCACCAUCACCAACUCUCGCAUCGUCACAGACGCACGUGGUCUGUCGAAAGGCUUUGGGUACAUCGAGUAUGCACAGCAGUCGGCGGCGGAUCAGGCGGUCCGUGAGCUGGACCAGAAGGUCUACCAGGGGCGAAGGAUGGCCGUGCAGUACCACGUGAGAAGGGAGAGGCGGCCUGGGCCAAGCGGAGUAGCGCGGCCCAAGAACCCGCCGAGUAAGACGCUGUUCAUUGGCAACAUGAGCUAUCAGAUGAGCGACCGUGACUUGAAUGACCUCUUCCGUGAGAUCCGCGAUGUGCUCGACGUACGGGUUGCUAUCGACCGCCGAUCUGGACAGCCGAGAGGAUUCGCGCAUGCCGACUUCAUCGACGUCGCGAGCGCCGAGCGGGCAAAGCAGCACCUCGAGAAGAAGGUCGUGUAUGGUAGACAACUCAGGGUGGAUUUCUCGGCGAGCUCAGCGAUGUCGCAGACUCCCCGCGACUAG